GGGUCCGGCGGUGCCAGCAUGGUGGAUGUGUUCAGCGGGCGGCUCCUGGUCAGCAAGGAUGGCCGCAGCGUGGACCCCGAGGAGGCCCUGCAGAACAAGGUCGUGGGCUUGUACUUCUCCGCCGGCUGGUGCUCGCCGUGCCGCGACUUCACCCCCGUCCUCUGUGACUUCUACACGGAGCUACUGGAGGAGACCGAGCCCCCCGCCCCCUUCGAGGUCGUCUUCAUCUCCUCCGACCACAGCGCUGAGGAGAUGGUGGGCUACAUGCGCGCCAUGCACGGGGACUGGCUGGCCCUGCCCUUCCACGACCCGUACAAGCAUGAUCUGAAGAAGAAAUACAACAUAACAGCAAUUCCUAAACUGGUGAUUGUGAAACAAACUGGAGAAGUCAUUACUGACAAGGGAAGAAAACAGAUCAGAGACAGAGGGCUAUCGUGUUUCCGGAACUGGCUUGAGGGUGCAGAUAUCUUUCAGAAUUUUUCUAGCUAA